AUGAAUACAGGGAGUCAGAUUCGCCUUCUGCUGUGGAAGAAUUGGACUCUACGCAAGAGACAGAAGAUCCGCUUCCUGGUGGAGAUUCUGUGGCCGGUGGUUCUGUUCAUUGGUCUGGUGUGGUUGAGGAAAGCCAACCCUCUUUACAAACAACAUGAAUGUCACUUCCCCAACAAGGCCAUGCCUUCCACAGGUAUCAUCCCAUGGAUCCAGGGUAUCUUCUGUAAUGCCAACAACCCCUGCUUCAAACACCCUACCAGGGCAGAGGUCUCUCAUCCGUCUCUCCUCUCCAACUACAACAACUACAUACUGGCGCGGUUCUGGGCUGACUCCAAUGAGCUGUUGUUCGACGACCCAGAGUUCCAGCAGUUGGGUCGGCUGUGGGAGGACAUGGCCGUCAUGAACAACUUCAUGGACACCAUAUGUAACACACCAGAACAGAUAGCGGGUCGAGGUCUGAAGAUAGAGGAUAUCCUGAAGGAUGAUGAGAUGCUGACAGCCUUCCUGCUGAGAGACGUUGGCCUGUCAGAGUCUGUGGUUCAUCAGCUGGUCAACGCUCAAGUCCGUCCAGAACAG